UAUCACCAUCAUUCAUCCUGCCAUCCAAUCAAGAGCGACAUCAUCGCCGUCACCAUCAUCCUUCCUGUUAUCAUCAUAAACCGGGUCGUCACCAUAGCUCCAGAUCUGAUAGGACUCUUGCAAAGAUCUCUAGACGCUAUGGUGCCCCUCAAUUUGUACCUGACCAUGACGAUGAAGACUUGUCCCGUUUUGAACGUUGAGGAGAAUGAUGCUCAGCUUCAGCUCGAAAACUCUGCGCCCUUGGAGCUGGAAGGCCCAUCCUAACGAUACCUCUACUGCAGUGACUAUUGUUGGAAGUACUCCAGCCUUUGGUAUUGGUGCAUUCAGAGCGCAGGAUAAUCAAACCAAUGAGGAUGACGCCCUAUAUGCAGCCGAGCCUCCAAAGAAGCGACAGCGAUCAGCGGCAGCAGUUAUCUUGGGCGCUGCAGUUGAGACAGUAAUCUUUACAAGUGCUGUAGCUCUUUCAGCAUAUCAGUUACUCACGGGUAAGGGCAGGCAACAACUUGAUGCGACCAUGUCUUCUCCCACAGCAGAGUCGGCCAAGGCCACGCCAGCAGCGCCUCAAGGCAAUGGCGAGCCAGUCUUUGAGAAGUCUGUAGUUCAAAUGAAGUCCGCACCUGUCGAUAUCCCGACAAGAACAAUUCAACGCCGAGAUUCCUCUUCUGGUGUGCUUGGAAAAUCUCUUCACCACAACACACAUCGUCAUAAAUCAAGGAAUUACAAGCAUUCAUCCUAUAAAUCCCCUCGUGGCCAUGGGCUGUCGAUAUCGCUUCCUCACGCGUAUGACAAUGAUUAUCUUUCCAAGGACUCAUUACCCAUGCCUGAGAGGCCAAAACAGGCACAGAAGACAACGACGAGCAAUUUCUCAGGAUGGAAGCCAAACUGACGACUCUGAUCGCAGAAGGCAAACGUGCACUGAAUCGUCGUAUCUCUGACUGGGCUGAUGCAUAGAUUUGAUGCAUGAAUUUGAUGCAAAAUAUUCAUGAAUACCUUUUUUUUCAAAAAAAAAAAAAAAAAAAAAAAAAAAAAA